AUGAAUUUGACCAAUUGCACAAGAGCAACUCAAUUUAUUCUUGUUGGAUUGGCAAGUGUUUUGGGACUGGAAAGUAUAAUGUAUGCCAGCAUCUUUCUGCUCUACAUCCUGAGUCUGAUAGGCAAUGGGCUCAUCAUUUUGAUAGUAAUCAUGGACCGACAUCUCCAGAAGCCCAUGUAUUUCUUCCUUACCAACCUUUCUAUAAAAGACAUUGGAUACACCACGGUCUUUAUACCCAAGCUGCUGGUUAAUUAUCUCUCUGCUAAUAAUUCCAUCUGUUUUUAUUGCUGUGUGAUACAAUUGUGCUUCUACUUCUUUUUUGGAGUCACUGAAUUUUUUAUCAUCACUUUGAUAUCCUUGGAUAGAUAUGUAGCCAUUUGCUAUCCUUUGAGAUACACCAACAUUAUGACCUCAAGGGUCUGCCUUAAACUGUCAAUAGCAGCCUGGUUUGGAGGAUUUUUAUCCAUAAUUUGCCAGGUAGCAAUGAUUGCAAACCUACCCUACUGCACUUCCAACAUUAUCAAUCAUUUCUAUUGUGAUGUUGGACCUGUGCUGAAAAUUGCAGGAGGAGAUACACAUCCCAUUGAAGCCCUUGGCUUCCUUGUUGCUGUGCUUGUCAUUUUGUCCUCCCUGAUUUUCACCCUCAUUUCUUACCUCUUCAUCCUAUACACUAUUCUUCGAAUGCCUUCAACCUCCAGACAGCAGAGGGCCUUUUCGACAUGUGCUUCACAUCUGGUUGUCGUCAGUCUUUUGUACGGGUCAGUCUUUUUUGUCUACUUAAGACCGACUGUCAAAAAUUCUUCCUUUAGUAUGAUGAAGUCUGUUGCCAUACUGUAUACUUUCAUCACCCCUGUGCUCAAUCCUUUCAUCUACAGCAUUAGGAAUAAUGAGGUGAAAGGUUCUGCAUCAAAAAUCAUAGAAAGAAUGGUUCCAGGUCUCCGAAAUUUCUAA